AUGUUCAGGAAUCUGUGCUCAGGUGCCUUUUCACGGGCAGUUCUAGCUGAAUUUUUAGGCACAUUGUUAUUUGUAUUUUUUGGUCUUGGCAGUGCAUUACAUUGGCCCUCGGCAGUGCCCACUAUCCUGCAGAUCGCUCUAACCUUCGGACUAGCUAUAGCAACGUUGGUCCAGACAAUAGGACAUGUCAGUGGUGCUCACAUCAAUCCUGCAGUAACAUUGGGCUUACUGGUGGGAUCACAGAUCUCAGUCCUGAAGUGUGUCUUCUACAUCCUAGCUCAGAUGUUAGGAGCUGUGGCUGGAGCUGGCUUACUCUUUGAGUUCACCCCAUCCAAUAUACGAGGGAGCUUCGGUGUCAACGCGGUUAGCAAUAGCACCACUACUGGACAAGCUUUAGCUGUGGAGCUCUUCACUACUAUGCAGCUUGUGCUGUGUGUUUUCGGAACAACAGACAGCAGAAGAACAGACAACACAGGAUUUCCAGCCUUAUCCAUUGGUUUAUCGGUUGCUUUAGGGCAUUUACUUGGGAUCUAUUUCACUGGCUGUUCCAUGAACCCUGCAAGGUCUUUUGGCCCUGCUAUAAUUACAGGAAAUUUUGAAUCACACUGGGUCUUCUGGGUUGGCCCCAUGUGCGGUGCGAUCUUUGCUGCCUUAAUCUAUAAUUAUCUUCUUACGCCACCUGCACAAAAUAUCUUAGAUAGAUUGUCCAUCCUGCAUGGUAGCUUUGAUCCAGAGCAUGAACGUGAAAGAGAGGAACACCGCAAGCACUCAGUGGAACUGAAUUCUCUUCACAGUUAUUCAAAGAACAUGGAAAAAGCAUAA